UCUCUCUGUAUAAAAAUUUUACAGUAACUAAUGGUGUCACCACGCGUCUCUUAGCUUCUCUUCCAGCAUUUUUCAAUUGCUUUACCGAUGGUAUCUUCAGUCUUCAAUCUCACUGUCUCAUCAUUUCCCAACUUUUGAUGAAAAAAAGUUUCCAUUGCUUUGAAGUGGUUUCUAAGUUACACGGAAUUCCUCGAAUAAGCCCCACAUCGGAGCGCAGCGCUUAUUCAGGGUCAGGGACCGCACUAAUUUCCUUAUUUUGUCUCAAAUGCGACGUUUGCCCUUAGGUGCUUAUUCGAGGGAGGCGCUUAUCCCGGGACGGCGCUUAUACGAGUAAAUACAGUGACCCUGGACGGUGGGGACCGUGGCGCGUAAAUUGCAUAAGCGCUCCGCGUUGAAAUAAAAUUUUUGAGAACAUUUGUGCAUUGCCAGACUCCAUCUCAUCAGUUCGGUUACUGUAUGGUUAACCACACCACGAAAUGCGUAACAUUUGGUUUUUGCAUCGAGAUGAGACUUCAGGAACUUGAACCUCAUGCCACACAGGGGACAUUUCGUGACGCACUACAUCUACUAAAUCUCUUUGGUCUUCAGCGGUUGUGCCAAUACUGUGCAUGCGCCUGAGCAGCACGUGGUUGCAAAUCUAAGAUGGCGGCCGGCGGUGCUGAGGCACACUUCGCGAAGAAACUAGCGAAUAACGAGAAGAUAAUCAGAGAUAGAGCUGUGAGUAAGCUUCGAGCUUGGAUAAGCAGCCGGCCAAAGGAUGGUCCAGGUUUCAGCGAGGUAGAUUUGCUGAAAAUAUGGAAGGGUCUCUUCUACUGUAUGUGGAUGUCAGAUAAGCCUCUUAUUCAGGAAGAACUGGCUUUGAAUAUCUCUCAAGUUGUACUCAACUUUAGGAAUGAAAAAUCAGCCCUACUGUUCAUCAAAACAUUUUUCAAAACAAUGCAAAGAGAAUGGCAUGGAAUAGACCGGCUCAGACUGGACAAGUUUUACUUGCUCAUCCGUUUCUUUGUGAAAGAAACUUUUAAUUUUCUCAAGAAAGCUGCCUGGGAAGAAUGGUUGGUUAGUGAAGUGAGCAAUAUUUUCCAUGAAGAGCCCAUGAACCCUACCAAUCAGGCAGUUCCUGAUGGAAUUCGCCUUCACAUGGUGUCUGUGUUUGUAGCAGAGCUCGAAAGUGUUGUUGAUGACAAGGUUCCUGCUUCUGUCUUGCUAAAACUUCUGGAUCCACUAUUCCUCCUGGCAGCAUACUCUAAAAAUGUGACUGUUACUGGUGCUGUGAAGAAAAGUUUGUUUGAGUGUCUUGUUCAGUGUGAUACUGAUGAAGCAGAUGAAACACUGAAGACUGUCGGGUUGAAGGUAGUACAUGUUGAUUUUUCUGAAGUUGCUGACAGAUUGUUCACUUUAGCAAGCGACAGAAAUGUUCUGGGUAGGAACAGAAACCAGCUCUUUAGCUGGUCUAAGAGGCUGAGAAAACAAUCAACAGGGCAACUUGAGGAAGGAGACCCUGUGCAAGAAGGUGAAACCUCAGAUGGGAUUCCUCUUGGAAAAAAGAGGGAAACAACAGAAAAGUCUUCAGAUUUAGUAAAUGGGUCAACUGAGGAAAACUGCAGUGAAAAAGGUCACACUAGGGAAGCAAAACAGAAAAGAAAAAGGAGGAAACAUGGGGAAAUUGAAAAAGAAGAAGAGAAACAGGGCAAGGAUUGUAUUAAAGAGAAGAAAGAAGAAAAGAGAAAGAGGAAAAAUAGUGAAGAUGAUUUAAAUGUUGGGUCUCAUUUGGGUGAAAGAAUAACUUUUGAAGAGGAUAAAGGUGAAUCUAAGAAAAAGAAGAAGAAAAUGAAAAAAUCUCUGGUUGAUACCAGCAAUGGAACUGUAAUUAGUGAAAAUUCAAACAGUGACCAUAAACGUGAUUGUAAAAAAUUGACAAAUGGGAGUGACAAGAGUGAAGAACAUGAAUCGAGUAAGUCACUUGUUAAUGGCUCAAGUGAGAGUGAAGCUUCUGCUGUAAAUGGAGACACAAGACUUUCUCCAGAAAUAGAGGAUCAAACAUCGUCUAGAACUGUUGACAGGAAAGUUUUUCGCAAAGCAGCAAGUUCUAGCUGUGAGCCAUUUGCAAAAUUUCAGAAGAAUUCAACUCCGCCAGCAUUUGUUAGAAAAUGUUUAGCUAAAACACCAAGUACAGAACCACAAAAAAGCAAGACAAGUAAAUUGAAGAAUCAACCCCCUAGAUCAGUCCCACCAAAGCAAACCUCCAAGAGAGUUAGAAUCGAGAUGUCAAAAAACACUGCACAUACAGCACAAGGUUUGUACAUUUUCUAAAAUGGUGUAUCACUACAGCAACCACUGUUACAAUGACUGGACUCCAAAUUUAUUACUUUUGAAAAAUUUGGUUAAUGAGAACAUUUGUUUUCACCCCUGCUGGAGGGAGGCUAGUUCCACGCCCUCUUAACAGCUCAGGCACAAAAUUUGCUUUGCUUUUUUAGCAUACCAAACCUACCAAAACUCGAACACACUCUUAAAUCUACAAUUACAGCUAGUUAUUAUUAUUAUUGGGUUUCAUCCAGAGUUUUAAGUUAGAACCACAUUGCACUGGUCAGUAAACAGUACCACACAAAAGUACUGCUCAAUAGCUUUCAUUUGAAUGGUCACACAUUAGGGUUUCAUCCACAGACUUAAAAGGAAGACCCACCUUGUAGAGGAUAGUAAACAGUACCACAUGAAAGUACUGCUCAAUAGCUUUCAUUUGAAUG